AACAGGACGUGCAACGAUACAUAGAAGCCAACAUGUCACGCUUGCCAUCCUUUGUCGGACGUAAUCCGGAUCUUCGAGAGGAAAUCAAGACUGGGAUUGUCGGGGUCAUCGACGGCAUGUAUGUGGCUCGGGUUGCCCGGUUCAUUCCGAAACGAGCUGACCCUUUAGGUUUCUGCUUGCUCAACUUCACCUAGAUUCCCUAAUGGGAAAGAGGUCACCCAAGGCUCUUCGAAUAGCUCUAAAAAAUCUGCCGUCCGGUUCAGAAGCAUACGACCG